ACCCUUGAAAAAACCUAAACGCUAAUUUUGCUGCUGCGUCGUCGUCUCUCAUCUCUCUCGUUUUCUUUCUCCGUCGCCUCCAUGUUUGAGUACAAGUGCAGCUCCAUCGAUUGGAAACCAUCUCCGGUGGUAGCUCUUGCUACCAGCUCCGACGGCUCUCAGGUCGCUGCAGCUCGAGAGGAUGGUUCUCUUGAGGUCUGGCUCGUUUCUCCCGGUGCUUCCUCCUGGCACUGUCAACUAAGCAUCCAUGGAGAUCCAAAAUCGAGAAUCUCGCACCUUGCGUGGUUUGGUACUGGUUCUAAAGGUUCGUCUUCCGCUAGGUUGUUUUCUUCAAGCAUCGAUGGCUCAAUUUCGGAGUGGGAUCUUUUUGACUUGAAGCAGAAGAUCGUCCUAGAGUCAAUUGGAGUAUCAAUCUGGCAAAUAGCAUUGGCACCUCUUUUAACUGAAGCAGAAGGUAAAGAAGCUAAGCUGAUUCAGAACGGGUACUUGAGUGAGAAAUCAGAUGACGAGGAGGAAAGUGGAGUUGAAGAUGAUUCAGAGUUGGACGAGGUUGAUGAGAAAGCGGAGGUCUUGGAUAGGCAUCUUGCUGCUGCCUGUGAUGAUGGCUGCGUCAGGAUAUAUUAUAUCUCUGAUUCCGACAAGUUAACCUACUAUAGAUCUUUGCCUAGGGUCAGUGGUCGUGCUUUAAGUGUGACGUGGAGUUCGGACGCACAGAGAAUUUUUUCAGGCAGUAGUGAUGGGCUGAUAAGGUGCUGGGAUGCUAAUCUCUGCCGUGAGGUAUAUAGAAUCACUGUUGGACUUGGAGGACUGGGAAAUGGUUCUGAGCUCUGCAUUUGGUCACUUCUUUCAUUAAGGUGUGGAGUUCUUGUUAGUGGAGAUAGUACAGGAAGUGUCCAGUUUUGGGAUAGCCAGCAUGGAACCCUGUUACAGGCAUAUUCUAAUCACAAGGGUGAUGUCAAUGCCCUUGCAGCAGCCCCAACACAUAACCGUGUGUUUUCUGCAGGCGCUGAUGGACAGGUUAUUCUAUAUAAGCUCUCUGGUGGUACAUUUGAAUCGCAAGAUGUUAAACCUUCUUCCACUCAGAAGUGGGAUUAUAUCGGUUGUGUAAGGGCUCAUACACAUGACAUCAGGGCUCUAACUGUCGCAGUGCCAAUAAGUUGGGAAGGUUCCCGGCCAGACAUUAAUGCAAAAGUAACAAGUCCAAAACAGCGCAGGAAAGAAAAGCCGGUUGGUUUCAGUUACCAUAAAUGGGCACAUUUGGGGGUUCCGAUGCUCAUUUCAGCUGGUGAUGAUGCAAAGCUUUAUGCAUACUCGGUUCAAGAGUUCACUAAGUUCCCUCCACAUGAUAUAUGUCCUGCGCCUCAGAGAGUACCCAUGCAAAUGGUACAUGAUACAGUGUUCAAUCAGACUUCUCUUCUCUUGGUUCAAGAAUCUUGUUCUUUAGAUAUUCUUCGUAUUCACAUAAGUGAUGAUUCUAGUGGGCGUGUCUCCACCAAGCCAUUGGUUCGUGUUAAAAGUAAAGAUGCCCGGAAGAUCAUAUGCAGUGCAAUUUCUAACACAGGAUCAGUUUUUGCUUAUUCUGAUCAAGUUCGCCCAAGUCUGUUUGAGUUGAAGAAAAAUAAACUUGGAAAGAAUGCAUGGAGUGCCAGUAGAAAGCGACUUCCGAAUCUUCCUUUUGCUCAUUCCAUGGUUUUCAGCUGUGACUCCUCUCGGCUGAUAAUUGCUGGACAUGAUAGAAGGAUAUAUAUUGUUGACUUGGGUAGCAUGGGCCUAUUACAUUCUUUUACUCCACGCCAGGAUGGGAAGGAAGGUGAAUCUCCUCGCGAGCCUCCAAUCACAAAAUUGUAUAGUAGCUCCAAUGAUGAUUGGUUAGCUGCUAUCAAUUGCUUUGGGGACAUAUAUGUGUUCAACCUGGAAACGCAGAGGCAGCAUUGGUUCAUAUCAAGGCUUGAUGGUGCAUCUGUUGCAGCGGCUGGUUUUCAUCCCAGGAACAACAGUGUGCUUGUGAUCUCGACAUCUUCAAACCAGGUCUUUGCGUUGGACGUGGAGGCUAGAGAGUUGAGCAAGUGGUCACCACUGCAGACGUUUUGUUUGCCAAAGAGCUACCAAGAAUUUCCUGGUGAGGUCGUAGGACUCUCAUUCUCGCCAUCACCAAGUUCUUCGUCUGUAAUCAUUUACAGCUCCAGAGCUAAGUGUUUGAUUGAAUUUGGGAAGCCGGCUGAGCAAGACGAAGAAACGGAUCUGCCAUGCAACCUGUCUGAAAAGCUAGAAGGUAAACUUGCAAGCAUUGGUAUGAAACUGGGGAAUGGUGCUCAAAAACGUAGGUUAGAGGAGUAUCAAAAAGAGAGCAAGAGUAAUAAGAGAAAGAAGUUUGAAAUGGUAACUUCAAAGCACCCAGUUCUAUAUUUAAGGCAUUUAUCAAAAAGUGCAAUCUUGGUUAUAGAGAAACCAUGGAUGGAGGUUAUCAAGGGUUUGGAUACACAACCAGUUCACAGACAUAUAUUCGGGACAUAAGCGAGAAGAGGAAGCUAAAGAAAGUUGCCUAUAAUUUCUUGAGACCCUUAAUUAGUAGCAACUAGGAAAACGCAAUAGAAAUGUUGGAAGAGUGUCAAGAGGAUGAAUCGACCAAGUUGUGAGGAAGUAUGUUUCCUUCCAUAUGCCUAAAAUUUUGUAAGAGCCUUAAUGAGUAUUGUUUCUAUUCUGUCUGUUAUACUUAUAUACAUUGGAUUUUGAGUUUUGUGACUCAUAGAUUUAUACAGUAAGAACCUUCUCUU